CAAACGAAGCCAAUGAUAGGAGCUGCCAUCUUCAAUCCCGAGCCGUGCCAAUCGCCAGAAAUCCAGCCAAUUAACGCCAUCCUCCCUGGUCACGUGUCUGAGCCGUGGCUGAGCGCUGAUUGGCCGCCGUAGCACUGCCUCCUGAGUUCAUUUAUGUUCAGGGAGUGAGUGAUUGACUUUAUCAGUCCAAGGACAUCAUCAGCCUGGUAAGGGGGGGAAGUUUGAUCCUCUUUCUCACGGAUCGCAGUCAACGGGAGUUUUUUUUCCUCCUAACGUAGGAUUUUUUCCCCCCAUUUUGGCUUGUUUUUUURUUUUAGGAUAACUGUUCCCCCCACACACACACAAAGUGGCAGAUCUCAGCGCAGCGCCUGCAGCCCUCGCGCGCUCCGCUAAACUGGAUUUUAAUCUGAUUUUCUGUUUCCUUCCCGACUCCUCCAAGUUUGCUUCGAGCUCAUGACGAUGCUGCUUGAUAGCGGUCCGCAGUUCGCAUCGUUAGGAGUGGGGGGCUUCGGGACGCCGCGGCAUCACGACAUCGGGAACAGAGACCCGAGUCUGGGACUGAACCCCUUCUCCGAGUCCUCUCACUCCGCCGCGUUCAAAAUCAGCCCCGUGGCUCACGACAUCGCCUCCAGCCAGACGUCGGCGUUCACUCCGCAGGCGGGUGGAUACGCAGCCGCCCUGGGACACUCGCACGGCGGCCAGGUGGGCUCGUACGGCGGAGGAGCGUUCAACUCCACUCGAGACUUUCUGUUCCGGAACCGGGGCGUCGGAGAGUCCGCGGCGCCGAGCGCGCAGCAUGGGAUCUUUGCAGCCUCGACGGGGAGCCUCCACGGGCCGCCCGGGAUCCCCGAUAACCCCGGACAUUUGUUGUUCCCGGGACUUCACGAGCAGGGGGUCGGCCACGCUCCAUCCGGUGGACACGUAGUGAACAGCCAGAUGCACCUCGGCCUGCGCGGGGACAUUUUCGGCAGACCCGACCCGUACCGGCCGGUGGCGAGUCCCCGGACGGACCCGUACGGGGCGCAGCUGCACAACUACAACCACCCCAUCAACAUGAACAUGGGCAUGAACGUCCCCACGCACCACGGUCCGGGGGCCUUCUUCAGGUACAUGAGGCAACCCAUCAAGCAAGAGCUGUCCUGCAAAUGGAUCGACGAGAACCAGAUGAACCGGCCCAAAAAGACCUGCGACAGGACUUUCAGCACCAUGCACGAGAUGGUCACGCACGUCUCCAUGGAGCACGUCGGCGGGCCCGAGCAGAGCAACCACGUCUGCUACUGGGAGGACUGCCCCAGGGAGGGCAAGUCUUUUAAGGCCAAGUACAAACUCGUCAACCACAUCCGCGUGCACACGGGCGAGAAACCGUUCCCGUGCCCGUUCCCCGGAUGUGGGAAAAUAUUCGCCAGGUCGGAAAAUUUGAAAAUCCACAAAAGAACGCAYACGGGUGAGAAGCCGUUUAAGUGUGAAUUUGAUGGCUGCGACAGACGCUUCGCCAACAGCAGCGACAGAAAAAAGCACAUGCACGUGCACACAUCAGACAAGCCAUACAUCUGCAAAGUGUGCGACAAGUCCUACACACACCCCAGCUCUCUCAGGAAACACAUGAAG